AUGGAUACAUGUACCCCCGACUACAUCAACGCCGAUUGGUCGUUUUACAGAUUCGAGCCUUCAACUGCAGCGGCGGUUUUCUUCUGCGUCGUUUUCAUCCUCACAACUGGCCUUCACGUCUUCCAACUUGUCAGAACGAAGACAUGGUACAUGAUCGCGUUUGUGAUAGGUGGACUGUGUGAGGUAGUCGGAUACGCCGCGAGAGCGCAAAAUACGACGCAAGAGGCCGGAUGCUGGACUCUCGGUCCGUACAUCAUCCAGAAUGUCCUCAUCCUCAUCGCCCCGGCGCUCAUGGCAGCUUCCAUCUACAUGAUUUUGGGCCGGAUCAUCAUAUUGACCGACGGCGAGAGCCACGCGUUGAUCAGGAGGCGUUUCUUGACAAAGGUCUUUGUGUCUGGAGAUGUCUUGUCGCUUCUGAUGCAAUCGAGUGGUGGUGGUAUGAUGGCCGCGGCCGGAGGAGGCAACAACUUCAUGGAGAUUGGAGAGAACACCAUCGUUGCCGGCCUUUUCAUCCAGCUCGCCGUCUUUGGCUUCUUCAUCAUUACAGCCGCCCUCUUCCACCGCAAGAUGAUGCUGGUACCGACCGCAAAGUCCCAACAGCCCGAGAUCCGCUGGCGCUACUACCUGCUGACGCUCUACAUCACCAGCGUCUUGAUCUGGGUCAGGAGUGUCUUUCGAGUUGUCGAAUACCUGGAGGGCAACAAGGGCCAUCUGAUGACCCACGAGGUGUAUGUCUACGUCUUUGACGCGACGCUCAUGUUCAUCGUAAUGGUGUGGAUGAAUUGGUUCCACCCUAGCGAGAUUGGUCUCCUGCUCCGCGGCGAGCCGCCCAUCAAGAACGGAGUCGAGCUUGUGAUGAUGAACAGGAAGUUUGGCAAGAUCCAGAACGAGAGCAGCAGCAUGAGUGCUUAG